GAUUUCAGAAAAGUCGGUUAUGCAUGGAACAGCUUGAAGAAAAAAAUACAUAAACUAUAUUUUGUGCCCGCAACAAAUCAAUCGUUCAUUCGUACCGACCGGGCACAAACACGCUCGCGACGUUAUUGCUACUCUAGUACAUACAAUCAACGUUAAUAACGGUUGGAAAGACAGUCUCUGCCGACGGUUAAGGACUAAUUUCACUAGUCUCUUGCAACGUCGCCGCAAGAAUGUCAAGCUGUCUUCCGCGACGCACAAAAACGUAAACAAAUGUUGGAUGAUCGCGAAAGGCUAAUAAACAAUGAACGAUAUUUUUCAUCCUAGCUAUUACAAAAUUAGCGAACUCGGUUGUAAAGACGAUGGCAAAAUCACCACAGCAUUCCACGUGUAUAUUGAACUUUGCGAAGAACGAAAAUUUUGGGACAUUCAUUACAAGUACCACGAAGAUCUCGACUUGAUUUAUCUCGAGGCACGAAUUCGUGAAAAUUCGGAAAUCGAAAUUUAUAUACCUUGGGCAGCGAACAAUAACAUUACACUUCGAAAUAUCGAAAAUAUCCAGGAACAAUUGCAAUGCACCAGUUUCACGCUUGUUCUGAAGUCUAGUGACAGCAGCAGCAUAUUUUAUAAGGUAACCGAAGGUUUAGCCAAGCCACCGACGCCACAGAUGACAAAGGAUUUGAAAUCAAGGAACGAGAAAAAAGCAGAAUUGGAAAGAGCGAUACGCAACAAUGCUAGAAAUUUGCAUGAGCUAGCAAAAUCGCAGCUAAUUGAUGGUGAAGGAGAUAAUUGAAGGAUGGAUCAUUUUGUACAUAGGAAAAAAUAAAUUCGAUAAUUCAUUUGAAAA